CCCCGCAGCCCUUCCCCGGUCCGGCGUGGGCUCGGGGUAGCGCCGCUCCGUGCCCUCCUCGCGCCGUGCCCGCCCGCACCCCGCGCGGCAUCGCCUCCCGGCGGGUAAAGUCCAAUCCCGCUUAGCCUCCUCCCGAGGGCAUAGGGGCUUAGCAGGCACCCGCCCCCCGGGAUUAGGGGCUGCGCUCAGUCCGCCCCGCAGCCGCCGGCGGGCGGUUUGCAGCCGGCGGGGCGGUGGGGAGCGCUGGGGCGGCCCCCGGGGUGCAUUUGUGCCGGGGAUGGGGCACGCUGUGGUGGCAUAAUUACAGACCGGUAACGCUCGGGGGGAGGUUGCUUUGAGGCUGCUGUAACGUGGCACUCAGAAGGAUAAUCGGUGACAUGAUACGGGUCCCAAACAAACUGAGCCUGGAAGCAUGUCCCAGGAACAAAGAGGUGUGGGACCAGCCCGCAGGUGGGAGCGGGCAGACAGAGGGCUUAAUUGGGCUUAAGCCGGAGCUGGAUCCGUCUUUGCAAGGGAUUAUGACCCCUCCGUCUGUGCAGGCACCGCAGGAGCAGGGCACCCCCCAGCCCCGUCCUGACCCCCGGGUCAGUGUGAGCAGGGCACAGGCCAGAGUCAGUGCCAGGGCACGGAUUUGCCCACGAGCGAUGGGACAAGAGCGAAGCUUUUGAUGCCUCUCCCAGGACUCCCCAGAGCCAUGACUGCAACUUUGCAGACGCUGCGCUUCAAGCUGCUGCCGCACGACACAGGCCAGGAGUGGGCGCACAGCUGCCAGCAGGAGAUUGAGCGCCGCUACCAGGUGGUGCCCUCUGUGGUGUGUGCCAUGUGCUGCCUCUUUGGGAUCAUCUACUGCUUCUUUGGUUACCGCUGCUUCAAGGCUGUCAUGUUCCUGACGGGACUGAUGUUCGGCUCCAUCAUCAUCUUCAUGCUGUGCUACAAGGAACGGGUGCUGGACACGCAGCUGAGCGUGGAGGCGUCAGUGGGCAUCGGGCUGGGCAUCGGGGUGCUGUGCGGGCUGGUCACCAUGCUGGUGCGCAGCGUCGGCCUCUUCAUGGUAGGGCUGCUGCUAGGGCUGUUGCUGGCGGUGGCCACGCUGGUGGUGAUGGAGCAGUUCUACCAUCCAUCCACAGUGUGGAUCCCCAUCGCGCUGCUGCUGGGUGUGGGGAUGCUCUUUGCCGUGCUCACCCUGCAGUGGCAGCGUUUCUUCACCACCCUCUCCACCGCCGUCUUCGGCAGUGCCAUUAUGACCGUCACUGUCGAUUACUUCAUUGAGCUCUUCCUGCUGGUGCAGUACAUCUACGAGCGCAUCAAGGUGGCCCCUGCUCGCCCUGUGUGCUGGUACAGCUGGGUCAUCCUGGGCGUCUGGCCGCUGCUCACUGUGCUGGGUGUCCUGGUCCAGUGGAAGGUCACAGCCGAGGGCUACUCUCACACUGAAGUGAUCAUCAGCCGGCAGCAGCGUCGUGUGCAGCUAAUGCGCAUCAAGCAGCGGGAGGACCGCAAAGAGAAGAAGAAGAAGCGGAGGCCUCAUCACCCACCACCCCACCAGCACAAGGCCCACCCUCCCGAGCCUGCCUACCGCCGCAAGCCCAACCCCGUGCGCCGCUUUGAUGGGGACGUGCUCUCCCCAAGCUACAUCCAGAGUUUCCGAGAGCGGCAGACGGGGCCAUCCCUCAACAGCCUCAUCGCCAGCUCCCACGCUGUGGUGGACCUGGACUAUGACUGCAGCUCCACCGUGCCCCUCACCACAGGCUCCGGCCCCGCCAUGCGGGUAUAAGCCAACCCAGUGACCUCGAGUGACACCAGCACCCCAGCCUGCUCCCACAAACCUCUUUGGACACAUGGGGCUGUUCCUUCAGCCUCGGGGCUGUGGAGGCUAUGGAUGGAGAACCUUCCUGGGGCAGCAUGGGAGCCCAGGAUGCCCGCGGGACUCAGCCAUGCUGGGGACACCCCCAGGCAGAAACUCAGCCCACGGAUUGGGGCUACGAGCACCCAUGGACUCAGAGUGUGGUGUGAGCAGCUCUGCUGCACGUUUCCCCAUGGCCUGGGCACACUCCUUCUGCACCCUGACACCCUCCUUUCCAUGUUCAAGCCCUCCCAGAGCAGCUUCCCAUGCCUGCUCCCUCUCCAUCAUGCCCCACAGCGACUCCCCAAGUGCCUGUCCCCAUCUCCCUUCUUCAGAGAGCAGCUCCCCAAGCCCCUGCUCCCAGCGUGACUACCCUGAGCAUGUGUGCCCCAUCCCACCCCAGGCAGCAGUCCCAAAAGUCUACCGUUAGGGGUUCGUGCCCUACACGCCUUCCUUGCCCCCAGAGCAGCUUUCCUGCCCCCUUCCCCUAUUUUCCUGGGCUGAAGUGGGGCAGACUUGGGCAGAGGCUGCCAGGGCAUGUGGCUGCUGCUGUGGGGUAACAGCACUGGGGCUCUGCCCCACCUGGGCACUGUGCGCACUCCCCUGAAUGUUUUGACGGGAGCCAGGAUGCAGCCUUCAGGCAGAGGUUGGGCUGCUUCAGGGACCCCCCGGCAUCAGAGGCCAUCGCUGUUUUGCUGGCGACUGGAUUUUAUAGUGGCUGGGGGGCCCUGGGGGCAGUGCCUCUGCAGGGCAGGGCAGGAGCCCCUGCUCAGAGCAUCACUGCGGACAGAGGCUCCCGCCUUGUAUAUACUUCUCUUGCUGUGAUUUGUAUUAAUUUAUUACGGAGUGAGCCAGGACCUCCCCGCAGGCGGGAUGUGGGGGGACCAGAGUGGGGUGCCCCUGGGUGCUGUCCCGUCCCCGGCUGCCACCCCAGGAACUGCAUGUUUCUGCCACGCCGUCUCUGCAGCGCCGCGCCGCCGCCGUCCCCCUUUUCAGCCUCUUUUGUAAAUGUGCCAAACGCUGCUGAGGCCAUGGCCACACAGUAAAGAGCCUUUCAGAA